CACUCGCUGGCGAGAAGCACAGGAGCCUGGCAGAGCGCACGCAGCCGGAGACCGAGCCCGAGCCGGAACCCGAGCCGCCCGCCCAGUCGAGCCACUUACGGACUGCCCUGGGGAAGGAGGGAGGGGCUCUGAGCCGGGAGGGCAGGCCCAGAGGGGACUCAGCUCACUGGCCGAGGCGGCGAGAGGCAGGGCUGAAGGUCUCUUGCCAAGGUUUUUCACCAUAAGAGCCGGGCACCCGAUGGGCAGGUGCAGGGAACAGCACCACUAGAACUACCAGACAGCCCACGCUCUGGAGCCCCACCAGGGGCUAAGGAAGUUUGGAAGUCCUUCGGGCUCUGGGUGAGAAGCGAAGGAAUCUGGCCAGACAGGGGAAAGAGAGGGUUGGCCCAUGAUCUCCAGGGAGGCCUCUUAGCGUGGAGUUGUGCUGUCUGCGGCCAUGUCCAAGGAGGUUGGGAGCUGCCGUCUUGGUGCCGCCUACAAGCCCAAGGAGCGUAAGCCCAAAAAGCCACACUACAUCCCGAGGCCCUGGGGCAAACCGUACAACUACAAGUGUUUCCAAUGCCCCUUCACCUGCAUGGAGAAGUCCCACCUGUACAACCACAUGAAGUACAGCCUCUGUAAGAACUCCCUGUCCUUGCUCAUUGACUCCUCGGACUGGGCCUACAAGAAGGGCCAUCUUCUCCAGCCCGAGCUACGGCUCUUCCCAACUCCCGAGGGGUCCCGGGGCCUGCCCAAGGGUGACCUUUCCGACCCAGCCCCACCCAAGCGGCCAAGACCAGGGCCCAGGCCAGGGGACAGUUCCCCAGCAGAGCCAGGGCCACCCAGUGAGGAUGGGGGAGCUUUUCCUGAGGAGGAGGAAGAGGAGGAAGUGGCAGGUGGACUCUUGAGGACCACGGAUCCCAGUGAAGGUAGGAAGGCUGGAGCCCCAGGUGAAACCGAUGUGGGAGCCCUCCUCUUUGGAUUCAAAGACAAGAGCAGGGAACCAGAGCCUGACUUUAUCAUCACUGAUGUCUUCUCCCUCCGGAAUGCCGGGGGCAGAGGCCGGGAGACACUGUCACCAGAGACUGAUACCAAGCCAAAGGUAGGAAGGGCACCUAAGAAACCUCUGAACACUGGUGGGCUCCUUAUGGAACAAUGGAGGCUGGUGGCUGGUGGCCAGAAGAGCAGAGCCAGUGUAGAUCUGACCCCAGUGGGCACUGAGGGCAGUGGCAUCAUCCCUUGCUAUCCCCCUCCAGCUUAUAGCGAUUAUCAGGAGGCCCAGGGCCUCAACCUGUCCCUUUUGGGCAUAAAUUACCCCCUGAGCCCUGGGCUCUUCUCUUACCUGGGGCCCACACUCACCACUGGUACUGCUGCCACCCAUGCCCCCAUAGCCCAGAUGCCCUUUUUGGCAUCAGCUGCUCAACUCUUGCCCCCACCAGCUGCUGCAGCUGCAACUGCUACACCCUUCCAGACUCUGCAAGGCCCUGAACGCUCAGCCUUCCUCCCACGAUUCUACUACCCACUGCUGUUUGAGCAUGCCCUUGGAACACCCAGUGGGAAAGCCACAGAUGCCCAACCUGCCCCAGCAAACCUUGCCCUCCCAGCUAAGACACCAGGAGAGAUGCCCACAGCUCUAGGGCUUCUCAAGGUGCCAAUGUCCAAAGCUGUUGCCUCCUGGCCCCGGAGUUCCCGUAGGGACCCAGUCCAGGAGGUGGAGCUCAAAGCUGGGCCUCCGGGAACCAAGGAGGAAGAAGAAGAGGAGGAAGAGGAAGGCAGGUGUCGGGGUUCCCAGAAGGAGGCUACUGGGUCAGGCAGAACACCAUCAUCAGAGAUCUACCGAGGCAUGCUUGGGACUAGCUCCAGGAAGGCCCAGGGGGCUCUAGCCAGCCCCAUGGCAGCCAUGAGCACUCUGAAAAGAAAGUCCUUUUUUGGGAGUGGACUUGACUUCCUAAAGGAUCCCUCAGGUGUGGACAGCCUGCCACUGGGGAAAUUUGACUACCAGAGGAGUGUGCCGGCUGCUACACCCCUGCUCCCUUGGCCCAAAGACUCUGAUACUGUCAGUGCUGAGGUUACUUCCCAUGGGCUCCCAGCCCUGGAUGGACCCCCUGGCAAACCACCUCAGGGGUACAGGCCAAUGAGCCCAGGUCCAAUCGGAGAAGACCUGUCUAAAGCCUUGGGAGACUAUGAGAAAGUGGAGAGACGGCUGGGCCAACUGACUACCACGGGUGGUCCCACUCAGGGCCCACUUCGGGAACAGCUGGGAAAGAUACGUCGGGAGCUUUAUCACAUUCACCAGGCCCUGGAGAAGGCAACCAGGCCUCCUGAGGGGCCCCUUGACCUGUCCGUGAAGAGAGUGCCAGACAAAGGGCCAUCCCCUCCUGGGCUGGAGCUGGAAGAGGGUGGCUGGGAGGAAACUAGGUUGGAGACCACCAAGACCCCCUUGGAUCUGCUGCUCCUGCAGCUGGGCCAGCCAGAGGGGAGACAAGGAUCCUCAGAAUCACCUGGGGUGCCCAUUACAGUUCUACCCCCAACACUGGCAACAGAGUCCUUCUAUGGCCAUACCACUAAAUGUGAGGCAGACUCCAGUGUCUUGCUGGGUGCUGAUGGGAGAGCCCCUGGAGGGUCUGGGUCUACCCCUGGGGGUCCCCAGCUCCUGGCUCCUGAGGAAGGGCCACUAGGUGGUUGGGGUGGGGGACCCCGAAGUGGGAUGGGGGUCCUUCCUGGGGACCCAGAAGCCACAUGUCUCCAUAGCCCUGAGAACACUGAAGUCUGACCUGGUCUCCCCCCUCCCCCAUCCUCCAAACUGCCCUGGACUUAUGUAUCUGCCCAACUCCCCUGUGUCAGUCCCAGAAAAUGGGCCACCUCAGAUCAGGGACAUUCCCCAGGUGGGUACCAAAGCCUCCAGUCUUUCCCUCCUGGGGCUAUGAGUCAGGUAGGGGAUGAAAACAUAACCCCUGGGGAGGAGGAAACAUCUGUGUCCCUCAGGAACCAAAGACUCAGUGUUUAUCUGGACUGGGUUGGGUCUCCCUUCUCUACCAUCUGAAUCCCCAGGAGAAAGGGCUCUGGCAGAAUCAACUCCUUCCUUCCAGAAAGCUCAAGAUCCCCUUGGGCACUGCCCUCUGGAGAAUCUUAUUCCAGGUGUGCCACCCCAGCCAUAACCACUUUGUUGCUUCCUCUGAUUCUCAGCCCAGUAGCUCUUUCUGCAAUCCCCAAGCCCAAAUGAUGAGGGCCCUGGACACCACCCAAACCAUACCCUUGCCCCCAAACUGCCCAACCAUCCAAAGCUGGUCUUUCUUCUCUGUGCUGGUUCAUUAGCAUCAUUGAUGUGAGGUCAUCUGUGACCACUAGGUUUUUCUCACCUUGCCCACUUUACCCUUCUAUGUCCCAGAACCUCCUCUCUUUCCCCACUCUCUUCUACUUUCUCCUACCUUCUUCCAUUCUCUCUUUCCACUUGCCCUCACAUACCCCCCAGGCUGAAUGGAGCCAAAGCACCCUCUCUCCAGAUAUUGUCCCUACUACCUCCUCCCUUCCCAGGGUUCUGGAGAAAUAAAUGCCCCUUCCCUUAA